GCCAACUGCUGGUUAAGAUGGCUCCCCGGGGACAUGGUGCCCCCCCCCCAGGCUGAAGGGGGACUCCCUCUCAGGUGCACAGGGGCUGCCUGGGAGGUAAAGUCACAUCGAGCGAUGGAGAAGAAGGACGUGGGACGUUUAUGCUGGAGAAGCAUGCUCAGAAAGAGCCCAUGUCUUAUUGCUACAGUCGUAGCUGUGAUUUUAGGGGCCGGACUGGGAGUUCUGGUUCGGGAGUUUGGCUCCCUGUCCCGACUCCAGAAGCAGUAUCUGGGCUUCCCAGGAGAGGUCCUGAUGAGGAUGCUGAAGCUGGUCAUCCUGCCGCUCAUCGUCUCCAGCAUCAUAACAGGCGUGGCUGCUCUGAAUUCAGAAGUGUCAUUCCGCAUCGGGUUCUGUGUGAUAACUUACUAUCUAUCAACCACUGCUUUGGCUGUUUGCCUGGGGAUGGUGUUAGUUGCAACAAUCAAUCCUGGACUUUCACACGGACCCCACAGUGUGGUCUGGAAUGGAUCUGCAGAACAUGUCUCCACUCUGGAUGCCAUGUUGGACCUUAUCAGGAAUAUGUUUCCUGAGAAUCUCGUCCAAGCUUGCUUUGAGCAGUAUAAGACGCAACGGAAAGAAGCUAAACAUCAGAGCAUGCUCUAUGGGAACCGUGAACACACGCCUGGGCCUGUCACCAUGACAAUGCUGUCCCCACAGAACCUGACUAAGGAGUACACCAUAGUUGGAGUCUACACCGAUGGGAUCAAUGUUCUGGGCCUCAUCGUCUUCUGCGUGGUGUUUGGGCUGGUCAUCCGGCAGAUGGGAGACAAAGGCCGUAUUCUAGUGGAGUUCUUUGAUGCCAUGAAUGAAGCCACCAUGAAGUUGGUCCAGAUCAUCAUGUGGUACAUGCCUGUCGGGAUCCUGUUUCUUAUAGCAGCCAAAGUGCUGGAGGUGGAGGAUUGGGGCAUUUUCCGGAAGCUGGGGCUUUUCAUGGUGACCGUGCUGUGUGGACUCUCGAUCCAUUCCUUAAUUUCCCUCCCAUUUCUGUAUGUGGUUAUCGUAAGAAAAAACCCCUUCAGAUUCAUCUGGGGCUUGGCUGAGGCCUUGACGACUGCCUUUGUGCUCUCCUCCAGCUCAGCCACAUUGCCAAUCACCUUCCGCUGUGCAGAAGAGCACAACAGGAUCGACAGGAGGGUCACUCGCUUCAUGCUGCCAGUGGGCGCCACCAUCAACAUGGACGGCACCGCGCUCUACGAGGCCGUGGCCGCCAUAUUUGUGGCUCAGCUGCACGACUAUGAGCUGGAUGUGGGGAGGAUCGUCACCAUCAGUAUAACGGCGACGGUCGCCAGCAUCGGAGCGGCGGGAAUCCCUUCCGCUGGUGCUGUCACUACGCUAAUGGUCCUGACCUCCGUGGGGCUGCCCGUGCAUGACGUGUCGCUGCUCAUUGCUGUGGACUGGCUGCUGUGA